CAGAUGAACCACCAAAUUGGAGAUACCAACCCUCCCGGGAGGAUUUUAUUCUUCUCGUUUCCCGGCCAGCAUGGAUUUUCUCAAUCACAACUACUUGAGCGCCAGGGGGCCCUACGACUACACAUUUAAUUUCUGGAACGACUACCUGGGCCUCACCACGCUGGUCACCAAGAACCCCAAGCUGAGCAUGCCCCACAUCAGCCCUAACUCCAUCACCGAGUCCCUGAAGGCAACCCUGGGGCUGGACGACGCGCCCGAGUGCGCCUGCGCUUGUGCUUGCGAGGGCGGCGCGCUGGAGAGCGGCGGCGGUGGCUGCUGCUGCUGCUUCGGCUGUCCGCCCGGCACGCCACCUCCGCCGGGAUGCGUCGCGGACCUCAAGGAGCGCUUCUCCAUCCUCAGCCCCUUCCAGAGCCAGCUGCCGGAGCGGGAGGCGCAUGGCUGCUUCCCCGGCUUCGAGCGCAUGAGGACCCGCAGUAAGCCGGCAUCCGUGCGCGCCAAGCUGGAGCCCAAAAUCUGCGUGUUCUGCCGGAACAACGGUGCCCCCGAGGAAGUGUACGGCUCGCACGUCCUCAAGACGCCCGACGGCCGUGUGGUGUGCCCCAUCUUGCGGGCGUACACUUGUCCACUGUGCAGCGCCAACGGGGACAAUGCGCACACCAUCAAGUAUUGCCCGCUGUCCAAGGAGCAGCCCCCGCAGAGGCCACUCAAAGGCGGCCGGGCUGUGGGGGGUAAGCGGAUGAAAAUAUUCUAAAGAGACAGAGAGAAAUAAUCGAAAAAAAUACGACUUAAGUAUGAUGAAGAAUUGCACUGAACAAUUUGCAGAUGACUGUUCCUUUUAUUUAGACUUUUAUUCCAUACACGUUGACUAUGACUAUUCAUGCAGGGGUGUCCAACAAAAUACACAUUAAAUAUCGUAUUUAGGCCAAGCCAAUGUAGGUCGGAAUAUUUUCAGCAGUUAAACAUAUAUUUUUAAAUAUACUGUAUGUUUUGUGUUCCAAGCAACCAAGAAAAUAUUACUUUUUUAAAAAGAACUUUUUAGUCUGGUCCUUAAUCUCACUUGUCAUUUUUUAUGCUUAGAUAAAGUAAUAUUUGUUUUUCUUUAACUAUUGUUGUGUGUGUGUGUGUGUGUGUGUUUGUGUGUGUGUG